AGUUAAGGUUAUGUUUGUGUUUAUAUUAAGGUGCUGAUAUGAUUGAAGAAGAAAAGAAAGUCUUCCUUGGAGGGCAUGUGAGUUUGCUGUGCCUUAAUCUGUUGACACAGACAAACUGCAGUAAUGUUACAUGGCUGUCUAAUGAUAAUCCUGCCAUUGAGUUGGUCACCCUUGGUAAACGCAAUCCGGACAGGUCACAGAGAGAAGGCAGAGUGCGUCUGACGUCUAACUGCUCUCUACACAUCAGUGAACUCAAAGCUGCAGAUAAUGGAUGCUACACCUGCCGUCAGUAUUCAGGUGUGCAUGGAAGCAAAAUAGGAGAGGAUGCAAGAAUUUGCUUGAUUAUUAAUGAAACUGUCCAUUCCAUGAACAAUAAUGACAGCAGUGAUGACAGAGAAGACCUGUUAAUGAUAAUAAUCCUGUCAGUGCUCAUCGUCGGUGCUUUGUCGGUUACUGCGCUAAUCAUUUGGCACAGAUAUCACAGGAGAGGACAAAUGUGGACAUUAUUUGAAGAUCAAAACGUAUUGGAAUUUGAAACCAAAAUAACUGAACAUGAACACAAGAAUGGUGAAGAUGUGCACUACACUGAGUUAAACCUCAAUGUAAUGAAACCAAGGAAAGUGGACAUAGACAAAGUAGUGGACAAUGACCAAAAAACUGAAUAUGCUGUCAUAAAACUAUGCUAAUCGCUGUAAACAUGUUACACUAAAUAAUUCCUCAGUUGUACAGCGUAAAAUAAGUUGAUUUCCUCGACUGCAUGAGUCAUGUGUGCAAGCAAUUCUUCACAGGUUAUGAUUCCCAUGAGGUCUUUGUCUGUAUUUGGUCACUGGAUACUCACAAGUCACAAGUUUGUUGAACUUCCCAUUCUGUCGCUCUCUCUUUUGUCACAACCAUUUUUCCAUUAGUUUUUUUCUUCUUUUAGCUUUACUUUAUGUUCUUCAUUAAAUUAAGAUAAACUAAUUUUUGCCUCAGUCUUAACUUCUGUAAAAGAACAUUACAAUUGCAAACAUCACAAUCGC